CGUGCCGCUGACGUUUAACGGCCGCCGCGGUCAUGGGGAAGCUGAACGUGGUGAUGCUUCGGUACCUCUCCAGGGAGCACUUCAGGGUCCUGACAGCGGUGGAAAUGAGCAUGAAGAACCAUGAGAUAGUUUCUGCUAGCUUAAUUGCUUCCAUUGCCAGCCUUAAACAUGGUGGCUGUAAUAAAAUUUUGAGAGAGUUGGUGAAGCACAAACUUCUAGCUUAUGAGCGAACUAAAACUGUCCAGGGUUACCGGUUAACUAAUGCGGGAUAUGAUUACCUUGCUUUGAAAACUCUGUCUUCCCGACAAGUCGUAAGUUCUGUUGGAAACCAAAUGGGUGUUGGCAAAGAAUCAGAUAUUUAUAUUGUGGCAAAUGAAGAUGAGCAGGAGUUUGCAUUGAAAUUACAUAGACUUGGAAGAACUUCCUUUCGCAGUCUGAAAAAUAAACGUGACUACCACAAGUACAGACAUAAAAUGUCAUGGCUGUAUUUAUCCCGGCUAGCGGCAAUGAAGGAGUUUGCCUAUAUGAAGGCUUUGCAUGAUAGAAAAUUUCCUGUUCCAAGACCUGUAGACUACAACAGGCAUGCAGUUGUUAUGGAACUUAUUGAUGGCUAUCCUUUGUGUCACGUGCACCAGCUGGAAGAUCCUGCCUCUGUGUACAGUGAAUUAAUGGAUUUAGUUGUAAAACUGGCCAGUCAUGGUUUGAUUCAUGGUGAUUUCAAUGAAUUUAAUCUCAUAUUGGAUAAUGACGACCAUGUCACUAUGAUUGAUUUCCCUCAGAUGAUAUCAACAUCACAUGCAAAUGCUGAAUGGUAUUUUGACAGAGAUGUUAACUGUAUUAAGGAGUUCUUUAAGAAACGCUUCAGUUACGAGAGUGAGCUCUUCCCAGCAUUCAAAGAUGUCAGGAGAGAAUGUUGUCUUGAUAGAGAGAUUGCUGCCAGUGGCUAUGCAAAAGAAAUGGAGGAAGGUAUUGAACUGCUUUAUUCACCAGGUUCUGAUGAGGAUGAUAAUGCAACAGAUAAUACAACAGAAUCUGUAGAAGAUGCUGAGAAUAAGAUCAACUUCUUCAGCAAAGACAAAGAAAACAGUGCAGACUUCAACUAUGAAGUGUGUGCUUUCUCUGAAAGCAGUACUAACAGCUUUAUAUAUAGCAAGGAAGAGGCUGAUACAACUGAAAGCAGUGAAAAUACACAAAGGCUGAAUAUGUCAAAGCUGCAUUCAGCCUUAGAAAAAGUUGAAGGGCAAGUUAUGCUUGGCAAGUCUGGUGAAGAUGCCGAGAGUUCUGCAAUUGCUUUUUUCAAGGGCAAAUCUGAAAAUGCUGCUGAAUUUGAAAAUCAUAGAGGUCAAGGAUGGUGCUGCAGUGAUAAGGAGGACAAAGAAAAAUGCCCUGAUAUGGUUGACUUGUCAGCUUUAAAUGAGAAAUUCGGGCAUUACAGAAAUGAAGAAGGUAUCGUUCAUAUUGCUAAGCGUAGGACGACUAAAAGUGUCACAUCAGUCAGAAGUGCUGGGAGCUGCUCAACCAUUCCUGUGGAACAGGUGAAAUGGAAGAUAAAACGUCAACUGACAAAACAGCAAAAGUCUGCUCUGAGGCAACGUCUGCAAAAAGGGGAGGCAAAUAUUUAUACCAAACAACAUCGAGAAAAUAUGUACAACAUUAAGUCAAGCUUGGAUGCAGCUAGUUUCUGGAAAUAA